AUGCUAGAUGCUAAUUGCACAAAUACUUUUAUAUCAAGCACUUGUAUUACUUUAACAUUUUUAAUGACCUUACUAGCUUUUGCUAUUAUAUUAGGAAAUGCUGUGGUCAUUUUAGCUUUUGUAGUGGACAAAACCCUGAGACAUCGAAGUAAUUAUUUUUUUCUUAAUUUGGCCAUCUCUGACUUCUUUGUGGGCAUGAUCUCCAUUCCUUUGUACAUCCCUUACGCAUUGUUCAAGUGGAGCUUAAGAGAUGGUCUGUGUACAUUCUGGCUCAUCAUUGACUAUCUCCUGUGUACGACAUCUGUAUAUAACAUUGUCCUCAUCACCUAUGAUCGGUACCAGUCAAUCUCAGAUGCUGUGUCUUAUAGAGCUAAACAAACCAAUCUCUUGAAGAUCGUGGCCCUGAUGCUGGCUGUCUGGGUGUUGGCCUUCCUGGUGCAUGGUCCGAUGAUUCUGAUUUCACAUCCUUGGAAGGAAGGUGGGGGAGAAUGUGAGCCUGGGUUUUUCUCAGUGUGGUACAUCAUCGCCAUCACGUCGUUUUUUGAAUUUCUGGUCCCAGUCAUCUCGGUGGCUUAUUUCAACAUAUAUAUCUACUGGAGUAUAUGGAAGCGUGGUCACCUCAGCAGGUGCCCAAACCAGCCCUGUCGCAAUUCUUCUGUCUCUUCCAGUACAUGUGGACACACAUCCAAAUCUCAACUAAGGCCAUCUCUGCCUGACCUAAAGGAAACAAUAACACCCAUUCGUUCGGGGAAACAGAGAAAAAAGAGCAGCCUGUUGCUUUCGUUAAGGACUCAGAUAAAUAGGAAUAUGACUGUUUCCAAAAUGUGGUCCCUCUCUCGUACAGAUUCUGUAACUCUUCACCAAAGGGAACAUCUUGAACUGCUUAGAAUUAAGAAAUUAGCCAAGUCCUUGGCGAUUCUCUUAGGUGUUUUUGCCAUUUGCUGGGCUCCGUAUUCGGUGUCCACAAUUUUUGUUGCAAAUCAACAUCCUAAGCCAUUUUGGUAUGAAGUUGCAUUUUGGCUCCAGUGGUUAAAUUCCUUGAUCAAUCCUUUUUUGUAUCCAUUGUGUCAUAAACACUUUCAGAAGGCCUUCAUGAAAAUAUUUUGUGUGAAAAGGAAGGCCAUCCUCUCACGUAUUUGA